AUGACAGCUGAGAGAACCAAGAUCAUUAAUGAUUUCGGGCUCAAGCCUAUCCACAUUGCUACCAUUCGCGACAAAAAGGCCACGGUUUCCAUGCUUGUAAACGCAGGCACAAAUGUGAAUGAGCAAACAAGGCAUGGCAUAACACCACUCAUGUUGAGUGCGGUGUGUGGGCAUCUUGACAUGGCGUGCCUCUUUCUCAAACAUGGGGCUGCAAGAUCGAUUCAAGAUGCCCAAAAACGAACGGCAAGAGAAGUGAGCAUGCCUUAUCUUGUCAGGGAACACUGGAACAUUUUUGAAAAGAUUUCCAAGAAGCUUGAAGGACGCUGCAACUCAGCAGACGUGGUCCGUCGACGGAGAAGAAUCCGGCAAAUCCUACAAAGGCGUGAUGCUUUCAAGGGAUCCCUGCAGGGCGCUUCACAGCCUCAUGGAACGUCUUGCUUCUCAAUCUCUGCAAGAGGAGAAGUCACGCUCUGGAAAAAGGUUGCCUCCGUACACAACGGAUAUGGACGCAACGAUGUAACGCCAGCAAUCCUUGCGCGUACGGACAAGAACGCCAUCGUCCAAUGGUCUUUUUCGGGUUGGUCUACCGGCAAUUUCGGUCGCAAUAUUGUCAAUAGCAAAGAAUACACUCAACUGGUGAUGGCAUUUUGUCGAUCUUCAGGGUUUAACCUCAGUGCCAACGCGAGGGACAACCCAGCGGGCCGUACUACAGACCCGGAACUUAUUGAAGCAGAGAAAGGACGAUGGCAAGCAUGCCACGCCGAAAAGAAGCUCGCCAUCUUCUAUUUGCGUUUGUUAAUGAACCGGACAUUCAAGAAUUGUUUCAAGGACCCUUUGGAAGGUAGUUACGAGUUCGACCAAGAACAGCUCCAGCACUUCAAAUCAAUGAAGAUCCCUGAUCGACGGAGGAAAGCAUAUAUUUUCCUCGGCCAUGACCCAUGCGUCGGCUGUUUGGACUUUUUGCACCAUCUCCAAAAAGUGACCGGUAUCGAGAUCUUAGUAAAACCAAUACCAAUCAUGCAAGAGUACCAGAGACCUAACAAAAGGUACGAGGACUCUGCAGCAGACAAUGAGCAGUCUUCUAAUGGCAAGGACGGCGACGACGGUAGUAACGACACUGCCACCACAAUUUCCAACGAGAUCGAAGAAGCAUCCUCGCCCAAAACGCCAGCUAUAGAUAAACUGGAAAAAUGGGUCUUUGCCCGCGAUUAUUCUCCCCAAUUGCCAGGUGUUAGCGAAAAACACCCAGUUUGGGACCAGACACAAAAACCACCACGGCCUACGCCAAUUAUAGUUCAACCAGUGCAUUGGCCGCUCAAGAGCGAUUGA